ACGGGCGAGCAGCAGCUGAGCUGCGGCGCUUAGCUUGUCAGACGAGACCGAAGCGGAGAGUUCACGUUUCACCGCGGACUGAUACGACUAUUACCGUUCCCCGAGGUCCUGAAGCGCUCACAUACUGUCAGAGAAGCAAACCGGAGGGGAUAAUUAUCCGAGGGGAAUACGAUGUAGCAGAAUGGAAACACGAGCACCAACCUGUGGCCAGCGGCACUGCGUCAGGACACGGCUUCUCUCCAGCCCUCGGAGCAAGUAGCCGUGAACGCCAAUGCGUCCCGUGAAGCCGCCUGCUCUCCACCCAUCGCCAAUCGCACCUGAGAAGAGACGCUGAGAGGAACAACAUGUUUGCUAAGCUGAAGAAGAAGAUUGCAGAGGAGGCUGCCACGGCACCGCGGAGCGGCGUCCGGAUACCUCGCACCAUCAGCAAGGAGUCCAUCACCUCGAUGGGGGCAGACUCGGGGGACGACUUCGCGUCUGAUGGCAGCAGCUCCAGGGACGAUCUGCCCGCCCAGCUCCUCAGGAGAAAUGAUCAGAUCCGGAAACUGGAGGCUAAAUUGUCAGACUACGCUGAGCAGCUACGCAUUAUGCAGAAGACCAAGGAGAAGCUUGAAAUUGCGUUAGAAAAGCAUCAGGAUUCAUCCAUCAAGAAGCUGCAGGAGCAGAAUGAUUCUCAUCAGGCCAGCAGAGCCAAACUGGCGGAGGGGAUGGCUCUGGCUCUGGAGAAGAAGGACCAGGAGUGGAUGGAGAAGAUGGCCAGUGUAGAAAAGGAGAAGGCCGCCCUGUCGGGCCGGAUAGAGGAGAUGAUGGAGCAAAGCUUAGCGCUCUUCCAGAAAAGAGACGACCUGGAUGAGCUGGAGGGCUUUCAGCAGCAGGAGCUGGCUAAAGUUAAGCACAUGCUGCUGAGGAAGGAGGAGCUGCUGAGCCAGCGGGAGCAGGAGCUGCAGCAGAAGGAGGCCGAGGUCCAGUCGGCGAAACGCAGCCUGUCCGAGGCUCGGGGGAGACUCCAGGCUCUGGAGCGGCAGCACGAGGACAGCCAGAGACUCAACUCCGAGUUUGAGAUAGAGAGAGAGGAGCUGCUGCUGCUCCGAGAGGAGGCCGACAAGAAGAUCAGCGAGCUGGAGGCACGAUGCCAAGACCUGCAGUCCGUCAUCCAGCAGGUCUCUGAAGACUUCCAGAAGUCCCAGAGCAUGGUGUCGGCUCUGGAGAAGUCCCUCCACGAUCUGCAGAGUGAGCACGACGCCCUGAAGCUGCAGCAGCAGAAGGCUGCCGUGACGGAGGAGGAGAAGGAGCGCUCGUUGGCCGACCUCCAGAAGAAAGUAACCUCGUUAGAACGGCGACUGCAGGGGAACCUGAGCCAGGACGAGCACCUGCAGGAGCUUCUGCAGGAGAAGUCCAGCCUGGAGCAGAGUCUGGAAGAAUCCAGAGCGGAGCUUCUGGCUGUUCGGACCAACCACGCUGACACGGUCAGCUCUCUGGAAGCUCAGGUUUCCAGGAUGAGCUGCAGCAUCACGGAGCUGCAGACUCUCCUCAGACACAAAGACGACUCGUCUCGGGCCUACAGAGAGAGAACAGACACACAGAUCGCGGACCUGGAGCGGCAGGUGUCGGAGAGCGGCGAGAGGCUGAAGAGCGCCGAGCAGCAGCUCACAGAGAAACAGCAGCAGCUGGAAAAACUGCAGGGAGAGUGGAGCGCAGAAAAAGCCUUCCUGGAUCAGCAGCUGUGUUUGUUGGAGCAGCAGAGUCAGGAAAAGGCCGGCCGGCUGGAGGACAGCAUCGGCUCUUUAGAGACAGAGAAACGGACGCUGGCGGACAGAGUGGCUGAUCUGGAGAAGCAGGCGGUGGAGACGAACCGCAGCCUGCAGCAGCGAACCGAGGAGCUGGAGCAGUGCAGGGCGGAGCUGAGCAGCCGGCAGACGGUGAGCACGGAGAUCGCCAAAGCUCUCGAGGAGAGCCGGCGACAGAAGGAGGAGCUGCAAAUGCAGAUGGGAGAGAUGACCACGUCUCUGCAGGCAUCAUAUCUCGAUCUGUCCACCACCAGAGAGACGCUAACGCAGAGGGAGGAGGACGUCAGAACACUGCAAGAUGAGGUGCAGACUCGGCAGGCGUCCCUGCUGCAGCUGCAGGAGGAGGCCGAGCGGCUGCGAGCGCAGCUGGAGCAGACGGAGCAGGACAAAGAGACGCAGCUGCGCCAGCUGCAGGAGGAGCUGCUCAGCCAGACGCAGCAGCUGGACGGCUACCAGGCCCGGAUCUCCUACCUGGAGGUGGAGGUGGAGACGCUGACGGAGCAGCUGCACAGUCCUGAAGUGUGUGAGGAGGAUCAGAACGGCAGCGUGACGGUGGACGACCUGGAUCACAUCCAGAAGGUCAACCGAGAGCUGGAGCAGCAGCUGAGCGACAAGAACAGGACCAUCAAACAGCUGCAGCAGAGACUGGCGGAGCUGAAGAGGACUCUGCAGAAGGAGCUGAAACUGAAGCCCGAGCCAGAGGCUGAAGGGAAGGAGAAGCUCCAGGAGAGCCGAGCAGAGAAGGCAGAGCGGGUUUGUCCGGAGCCCCCGGCGCCGCUGCCGCCGCCGCCGCCGGCGUCCAGCCCGAGUCCCCCGACCUCCAACACCACCGUCACCAACACCUCCGACCUCAACGACUCGCGGGAGAUCAACUUCGAGUACCUGAAACACGUGGUGCUGAAGUUCAUGUCCUGCAGGGAGGCGGAGGCGUUCCAGCUCAUCCGAGCCGUUUCCGUCCUGCUGAACUUCACUCGAGAGGAGGAGGACAUGCUGAAGCAGACUCUGGAGUACAAGAUGUCCUGGUUUGGAUCCAAACCUUCUCCGAAGGGCAUCAUCCGGCCUUCCAUCUCAGGCACGCCGUCUCACUGGAGCUGAUGAGCAGCAGACGAGGAAACGCCCACCACUGACUCUAAACACACACACACACACACACACACACACUAGUGUGGCUGCAAAUCGACCGAACGCUCUCGUCUCGCUGAGGCACAUCACCUUUUAUCAAUCGUCUUGUUUUUCUUGUUUUCUACUGGAAAAAAAAAAAAAACAAAGGAAAGGAGUUAGCAUGUGAGUGUGGGAGACAACAUAUCUGUUAUUUACGAGCCUCCUCCA